AGAGUAGGGAUACAGUAUUUGUUAGACUCUUUCGCGGUAUGGUUAUGAUUAGUGCCGGUCCGCAAGUAUAGUAAAAUAAAGUAGUUUUCGCGAUGCAUCGUCACCAGAUGUAUAAUUGACAGGCAUUAAGUCAUUAUCUGAGCGAAUUGCGAUGAAUUAAGAUGUCCCAAAGAAAUACUGAUGUAGCAGGAAGAUUGGACUUGAAACGUUCGAAAGAACUCAUGUCGUCUUGCAGCCUGUCUGGUAUGUUGCAGCUAUCCAAUAACAGCGAAGAAACAUUAAAGACCUUGGUACACAAAUCUCAUAAAUCUGAUAAUUUAGAAAACACAACGAAUGCAAGAAAUGCAAUAAACAACGAAUGGUUAUUGAAUGGACCAAAUGGAAGCAAGAUGCCCGUUUUACGCUUUAAAUGUUCCGCUUUAGCCACGCCACCAGAAAACCCACCUGCGAAGCAGCUACACAUGACUUACAAGAUCUUUCAAACUGACACUAAACUCAUUAAUCUUCUGCUGCAAUCACAUGGUUUAAUGGAGGUACCUAUGAAUGAGACAGAUUUUAACAUAAUAUGGAUGGGAAGUCAUCCAAAACCGGACAUCUUGCGAAAUUUGAUGCCUUAUCAAAAAAUAAAUCAUUUUCCUAGGUCGUACGAAAUUACCCGAAAAGAUCGCCUUUAUAAAAAUAUCGAAGCUAUGCAAAGGAGUAAGGGCCUUCGAAAUCUCGAUUUUAUACCUCAGACAUUUCUACUGCCUACUGAAGCCAGAGAGUUGAUUUCGGCGCAUUUCAGGUAUAGAGGGCCUUGGAUUGUCAAGCCUAAAGCUAGUUCGCGAGGGCGUGGCAUUUACAUUGUCAAUAAUCCUGAGAAGAUCUUGACAGAUGAAUCGGUUAUUGUGGCGCAAUACAUAAAUAAUCCGCUUUUAAUCGACGGACAUAAAUGUGAUUUACGCCUUUACGUAGCUGUGACGAAUUACGAUCCCCUGCUAAUUUAUUUGUAUGAGGAAGGUUUAGUGAGAUUUGCCGCUGUUAAAUAUGAUGGCGGAAGUGAAUAUGUUUGGAAUCCUUGCAUGCAUCUUUGCAACUAUAGUAUAAACAAGUUCCACGUAGAUUAUGUAAAGAGUGAAGAUCCUGAUGCCGAAGAUGUAGGACAUAAAUGGACAUUGUCGGCAUUACUUAGACAUUUACGCUCAAUGGGUCAAGAUACGGAAUCGCUUAUGCAGCGAAUAGAAGAUAUUAUUAUAAAGUCAAUUCUUGCUACUGCAUCUGGAAUCGUCAGCGGUUUAAAGCAAUUCGUGAAAUACCCGGAGACAUGUUUCGAGCUAUUUGGCUUCGAUAUACUGAUUGACGAUAUGUUGAAGCCAUGGUUAUUGGAAGUAAAUUUAACCCCCUCGUUGGGAUGUGAUUCACCACUAGAUGUUAGACUCAAGUCAGCUUUAAUAACAGAUUUACUUACUCUCGUCGGCAUAGCUGCUGUCGAUCCAAUCCUGCGCUCUCAAAAUUUAAAUCGUGCUGCCAUAAAUUCCGAUAAAAAGAUAACUAAUUAUAGAAGAGUACAGUCUGCAGAAACAUUGCCUCAAGAAAAGAAGAAUAUUAGAAGUAUAAAUAAAAGUAAAGUAGGUUUAAAUUUAGAGCAACAACGAAUAGUAGCGUCUGCAAAAGCACAAUUUGAGAGAAGAGGCGGAUUCGUUAGAAUAUUUCCAAGUCCGAAAUCUUGGGAACUCUACUCACAGUACUUAGAUCCGAUUACAGGUGCACCAAUGAUUUCGGAUCCGCUAGGUCCAAGGAGAUUACCGCAACAUAUUAAUACUAACCAUAACCUAAUGUUGCAUGAACAGUUGUUUCCUGCAGCUACUCGCAUUACUGGCUACAUUGUUUCAGAAGUCAUAUUAGAUAGAUUAUCUAGGUACGAAAGAUAUGAAAGAGCGUUGGUGAAAGGCCACAAACAAAGCUUGGACAGAAUGAAUAACAAAGAGAAUGUAGAUAUAGAUGUACAUAAAUAUAAAAGCCAAGUAUUGCAAUCAAUGCAAGAAGGCAAUAAACUUAGUUCUGGUGAAGCGAGAAAAGCCUUUGGUUUAUAUCUAGGUUAUAUAUUACGAAAAAUAUCACAGCCUAAUGUAGAUCCAGGAUGUUGCGAUCUUGUUAUGAAGUUUCUCCAACAUUCGUCUUGCAGUUUGAGAACACCAUUUUUAUUUACGUUACCAUGCAGUAAGUUGAGCGAUAAAGACCGAGCUGCAAUCACCGCAAAGCAACUUUCCGAUUUUUUGCAUCUAUAUAACAGAGAAACAGAUCUAUAUGAAGACACCGUAGAUCGGUCUCAUACCGUUCCUAAUGAACUCUUCCAAAAGUUUUUAGUUGCUGCGAGCGAACAAGAUCUUGAUGAUGUGCUGAUUCUGCAAACUCGUCUUUAUAAGUGCGCUCACAGUUUCUUGGGAAGAAGCGGCUUCGCUGGCAAUUUACGCGGCGCAAAUCUUCUCGGGUCUUUACCGCAUAUUACAUCGCGAGUGUAUUCCAAUGCCGCUGCAACAGAACAGUGCAGAUGUAAUAAUUCAAUUAAUAGUCUUAUGAUAUAGCUCGAUACACGGAUUAUCUGGCGGAUCAUCCUGAAAUAAA